AUGCACACCGGGGCUUACCUUGCUCUAUUCGCACUGGCGACAAGGUCGUUCGCCACCACCCAGCAGCCACUUCAGACACAAACGUUUGACGAAGGAGUGCGGACUACAGCACUACAAUGUUGCAACGCACUCGAAGACAUCCUAACUUCCUCUACCAUCCUAUAUCCCGCCUCAUCUAAAUAUUCCGCGCAGUCAUCUACAUAUUACUCCCUCGAACAAGCCGCCCAGAAGCCAGCGUGUCGCAUAGCCCCCGCCACAACCGAAGACCUCUCCCGAUUAAUAAAAUUCGCGACUGCCACAAGGUGCGAGUUCGCCGUCCGCGCUGGCGGACACAUGAGCUGGGAAGGCUCGUCGAAUAUCGGUCCAAACGGAUUUACCAUCGACCUUGGGGGCUUGAAGGAGGUGGAACUGAAGGAUGAUGGGAAGACGGUUUCUAUCGCUCCUGGUCUGAAAUGGUCAGAAGUUUAUGGAUUCCUGAAGCCACACGGGCUUCACACGGUGGGUGGACGCUCCUCAGGCGUCGGCGUCGGUGGUUUCCUUAUAGGAGGUGGUGUCUCCUUCCUGUCAACGGAAAUGGGUCUCGGAAGUGACAAUGUUCUCGAUUACGAAGUGGUCCUUGCUGAUGGAUCCAUCGUCCACGCAAACGAGUCAGAACGCUCCGAUCUUUACUGGGCGUUGAAAAGCGGCAGCACCAACUACGGGAUCGUCACCCGUUUCUUGAUGCCCACAAUACCCCGCCCUCAGAUAUGGGGUGGCUCGCUCUUCUAUCACGGGAGUGCGGGUCCCAGGCUAUUCAAGCAACUUGCUACGUUCACCGAUCGUCUCAAGGAGGAUCCUCACGGCAUGUCCGCCAUCUCCGUUGCGUGGAGUCCUGAAAUGAAAGACUACGCUAUCUGGUCCCCCAACGUCUACCUCGCGCCACAAGCAUACCCCUCCCCCCUUUUCGAUGGCCUCCAAGAUAUCGAGCCAUUCCAAAGCACGAUGCGCGUUGCGGAUCUAGGCGAGAUCACGGACGAAGUAGACAUGCUCUCGCCCGGUGGGCGGAAUUCGCAGUGGUUUUCUGUUGUUUUCAAGAAUGAUGCAGAGCUGCCUUGGGAUAUUCAGCUGAAGGGCAGGGAAAUUUUUGAGCCGUACCACGAUCGUCCCGGUGCCGCAUGGGCGAUCACCGUUCAGCCCAUCAACGAAGGCAUGAUUGCCGCUGGACACAAGCGAGGGGGAAACCCGUUAGGCCUCUCGGUCGAGGAUGGCGAUCAACUCCUUCUACUUGGCUGCGUCUUCUGGAACGAUCCUCAAGAUAGUGCCGUCAUGAAGGCCAAAGCCCAAGAGUACAUCAAAGCAGCGACGGAGUUGGCUCGCGAACGUGGACUGCUGAACAAGUACAUCUACUUGAACUAUGCAUUGGAUACGCAAAACGUCCUGGAGAGCUACGGCGCAGAGAACCUGAAGAAGAUGAGGGAAAUCAAGAGUAAAUACGACCCCGACAAUCUUCUGGAAGUAUGGAAGGGGGGCUGGAAAUUGUAA